AUGACUCAAGAGGCAAAAAACAUAGCUGUACCGUAUGACUCUUUAACUUCAGUUGUUGAGCAACUCCGAAUCCCAGUCGUGGCUGGCGCACCUCCUCCUCUUCAAUCAUCUGCGAUUUCUGAACAGGAUAGGCGAGAAAAGGAAAAAGAGGAAGCAUAUAUCAACAGAUUAGAACUCGACCGUGUCCGAUUACGAGGCUCAUUCUACCUUGAACUCACCCCUGAGGACAAACAAUUGAUGGAUGAAUCUCAAAAACUAUAUAAAACAGAUCGUAAACCGCUCAGUUUAGUGCAUCAUUCGAAAGAACCUUUGCCGUGGGAAGGCCUUACUGACGAAGAGAUCGAGAGUACGUCAAUGGAUUUUCAGUAUGAUGACUCGGAAACGUCCGACUGGGCCCUUUCUUCUAAGGAUAGUGAUUUUCAAUAUCAAAGUCAUUCGACACCGAACAACGUCCCCAUUGGAAGAUGUGCUGCAGGCAACGGCAACGGCAAUGUUUGCGACGGCCGCGAGGAUGUUAACGAACUAAGCAACCCUAAGCUAAAGAGCUAUCAAAAUGGACGAACUCGAUUAGGUGAAAUUGAUAAGGUAAAUGAUGUUGAUAAUAGAGUUAUCACAGGCAAACAGCCGUCAGAGUCUCAAACUGGAAAAGAAAACAACAGUCAGGAGGUUUCCCGACCAAAAUUGGAUCAAAUUGAUCUAUUGGAGAAUGAAGCCCAAGUCGACUGGCUGAACGAGCAGGACGAGAUCGAUCAAGCUAGAAAAGGAGGACUGCAGAUCGCUCAACAUCAAGACGACGUCCAUCUUCAUACCAAUGAAGACGCUUUUGAUAGCAACGCAAGGACGAGCGCGUUUGCGACUAACAAUUGGGCCAUACCACCAGAAGAAGUUUUCCAAGACCCUUUUUGGCAUGUUAAGCAUGGUGGGCUGAAUCCCGUGCAUUAUCAUCCUCAAAAUAGCCAAGGAAGUGUUAGUCGCAAGGAUAAGAGUCGUGUUGAGGAGGAGGAUGACCGGGAUGAGGACGGAAUAAUCUUCCCUGAUUUGUUCUCUGAUGAGCCGUACAGCAAAAUUGUUCGUCCAACUGUAACAAAUGAUAUUAAAUCGCCUCUCGGCUAUCUGGCGUACAAUCGCCAAGGUGAUCGCAUCAUGGACUUUAGUAUGGUCGGAUGGAAUGAAGGGAAUACAGAUAUUCCUGACGCAAAACAGGAUGUACCUGUGCUAGAGCGUGUUCAGCCACGCCCUGCCGCUGGGAAUGAUUCUGAUCAAGGGGACGAUACAGAUAGGAUUCAGCAAGCUAUUAAUCGCGUUUCCCAAACAACAGGAGGUCUUGUACAAGGACUAGAUGUAGUGCCAAAAGGAGCACUCGUCCUCGAAAAAGGCAUCUACAGGAUCUCGAGGCCACUAAAAAUCCGAGCAAGCGGUAUCUUAUUCCGUGGGGAUCCUGCCGGUGGCUCCAGAAUUGUGUGUCAAUGGGAGCCCACAGGGCCGCGUUAUGCUAUUGAAAUCUUAGGAGAAGAGGAUAUAAUGAUGCAAAACACCAAUGUCCCAAUCGUAGCUGACUAUAUCCCUGUGGGCUCCUUUUACUUGUCACUGGACCCAACCUUUUUCGAUGAUUCAGGAUUGGCUGUGGGCGACCAGGUAGUUGUUACUCGGGUUGGAAAUAAACGUUGGAUUGAGGAUAUCGGCAUGGAUCAUUUCGACACGAAUAAGAAGGGCGUGAGACCAUGGCGGAAAAUGCAAGCAAAGAUGUAUAGGACCAUUCGGUCGCUCAACUCACAGACAGGCGUUGUGCAGUUAGACGCACCUUUGCCUAUCUCGAUUCGAAGGCAAUAUGGAGGUGGGUUUGUGACAAAGUACAAAGAUAACAAGAUCCGAGCGCUCGGUAUCCAGUACUUGGACAUGGUGUUUCCUAAGAAUAUUGGACGCAAAACCGAGGACAUGCUAGAUGAGACGGGCCGAGGAAGCAAAGAUUAUCGUUUCUCACAUGAGAUCUUUUCGAACUAUGCCUUCCGGAUCGACAGCGUCUGCCACAUGUAUAUUACACAUGUCACCAGCGCCUACUUUCACAAUUUUAUUUCAGUAGGAACAAACGUCCAUCAUCUUACGAUGGACUCUGUCGUACAUUCUUAUCCUAAUGACAUGCUUUCAGGCCAAUCCGCUUUUCAACUUUCUGGCCAGUUAGUGCUCAUCAAGAACUCGCUUUCGCAGGGGUCAUUCCAUUUCUUUGUCGAUAUUAGUCAUGUUAUGGGCCCUACUGUCUUUCACCGAUCCCAGACGAUCAAUAUUGGAAAGCCUCGUGAGCCUCUCCCCUUAAAAUUUGCACCAGGAGAAAUAGGACCCCACAUGAAGUUUUGUACCGGUAUCCUUGUAGACCAAGUCGCUACUGAUGGCGCAAUCAAGAUCAUAAACCGUGGCGACAUGGGCACAGGACAGGGCUACUCUGGGGCCAAUUCAGUAAUAUGGAACUCUCGUGCACGAGAAGGUAUUCUCACGCAUCGCUCUACUGGAUUUCAGAACUUCGUAAUCGGAAGUGAGGUUUUGGAAGCAGAGGACCGUAUGCCGUGGGAAUCGCAUGGCUGGAAGGAGCAUUUGGGUAAUGAAGUAUACCCUGGAAGCCUGUACUUGAGACAGCUUGAGGAUCGCUUAGAACGGAUAGCCAAGGGCUGGGUUGCAUAA